CGAAACUCCCGGCUUCUCCUGUGUGGUCUGUGUUGUUUUUUACAAUGCUUCUAACGUUGGGUGUGGGUAGUAUGUUUGUGAUGAUACAGUCAAUAGCAAGCUGUAUAACAGACGAAUUCAACCUGACUAGUAGGAAAACACUUGUGACAGCCAUUAUAUGUGUAGUAGAGUUCCUCUUUGGAAUUCCUUUAAUAAUGCAGGGUGGCAUGUAUGUCUUACAAGUGAUGGACUGGUACAGCAUACCAUUUGUCGUAAUGAUUAUAACGUUUGCUGAGUGUGUUGCCAUUGCAUGGAUAUAUGGCACGAGCCAAUUUUCUAAAGAUAUUGAACUUAUGAUUGGUUCAAAACCGUCAAUUUUGUGGAGGAUAUGUUGGCGAUUUGUCACUCCAGGACUUGUAUUGUUUAUAUUUUGCUUCAUCAUCGUCACUCACGUACCUGUGACGUAUGGGAGUUAUACGUAUCCCGAUUGGGCAAUUGGUGUGGGUUGGAUGCUUGCAGUUGUAUCAUUUGUACCAAUACCCUUGUUUGCAUGCUAUCGUAUAAUGACUACAGUUGGAAAAAGUUUAAAAGAACGAAUCCAGUAUUUGACAAUGCCUGAGCCAAGUUGGGGUCCAUCGCUGGAGAAAAACAGAGCAUUGUAUAUUGAGACACUUAGUGAGAAAAGGAAGAGACACAUGUUGGGUCAUAGAGAUUUGGACAUGGUUUCGACUCCAUUAGGCAAUGAUAAAUUAUAGAAUGAUACAGGUCGAUAUUAUUCGUC